AUGGAUCUAGUUAGCGACUGUGGUACUCCGUUGCUCACUUCAGUGUCACAGCUCUCAGAUCUCUCUUCACCCCCGCUGACUCCUCCUCACACAACGGCCGACCGUCAUCUCAAGCAUGCGCUCUCUACAGAUGACGAACCUUUUUUGGACGACGAGUCACCCCACGCGAUCAAGAGACGUAAAAUCGCAACAAGGCAGAGCGCGUCCGAUGAUAACAUACAGUUAUGGGCCGAGCCUCUAAUCACCACCGAAUCUGGCAGUGUCCCCGACACGUUCAUCGACGCGUUCAGCACCCACAGAAUCAACGAUUAUGCGCAUGAAAAAGGGUUAUUGAACGAACACGAGAUAUUUGACGCGUCAAACGCGAAUGUGCUGGAUGUAGCGGCCGACGACGGUCAUACCUGCGACCCUGCUCGAGAUUCUUCCAGCCGUGAAGCCACAUAUUGUCAAGCUACUAGCACCAAGCCCGAAAAUUCGAUCCAGUGUAUUAAACCCGACCCUGUUGAAGAUACUAUUAAUGAAGCCAAGUCUGGAAACUCUAUCCAGAUCAUCUCUCCCAUUGUAACUGGGACUCCGAAAUUUGCUUUCGACAACCGAAAUUUAACUGGUCGUGUCCAGUCUAGGGACUCUGCUUCUGGUAUCACUCAGUCGGACGAUCCGCCCACAUAUCCACCAAACGUAUCCAACAAACUUGAUGGCAUCUCUGCACCUGUGUUCGCCUCCUCAACGGAAAUAAUGUUGUGGAAGAAGGAACAUAUGGAUGAGGAAUGGAAUGCCGCUUCAAGAGUGCCCCCUCAAGUGAAGCAGGAUGUGCUUCAUUAUGAUCAGCUGCAUUCACUACCGUUCAUCGGUACUCCAGCGUCCAAAGGGGCCCAGGAUGCAGGGGACAUUUCCCCCGGUUUUACAGACUGCUCUGCAGAGACAAGGCCUCACACAAAUAUCUCCCCGACAACUCAUGAAAUAUCCCACCACUCAGAUGUGCUAGAAAUGUUCGAGGAAUAUAAUGUUGCAUUCGGUGGGCAAUGGGAGCUCGCCCGCCUACAGUCCUUAAAACUAUUCAAAUGGGAGGACCUCCUCAGACCUCGGUGUGGAGAAAGGUGGCUUCCCAAUGUCACGCUUUUCACUGGGUCGUGCAAAGACAUCGGUCCCAAAAUUCUACGCCUCGUAAAGGACAAGGUCGCACGGUGGAAUAAACCUUCGGACACUUCCAUGGAUACAUAUCGAGACGAGGCAUUCUCUCAUGAAAGACAGGUCAAGUCUCCUUGGGGAGAACUGGACAAAGAAGACGAUGCACUUGAAAAACAAGACAAAUCAUCCAACAAACACGAAGGGAUGGGCUGCUUCAGCCAGAGUUCCGAUGUCUUCCAUGGUAAAAUUCGAUUCGGAAUUUCAGUUACUUGGACAGGCAGAGACACACAGCUGAAGCUUGAUCCAUUGGAGAUCGAUCGGUUCACCCGGUUGACACGAAGAUUCGGUUCCAGAAGGCUCAUCAGGAUGAAGAAUGUCUCCUCGUAUCCCCCAAAUGAAUUUAUGAAGAACUUCUUCCUGCAAAAAUUCGUUUUCAUGGGUCGCGUUUAUCGAUCUUUCUUCGUGAAGGAGAACACAGUCUUUCUCAUAGAGACGAACGAAACCCACUGCGGAACAAAGGCCCGCGAUCGUUUCAGGCUGUCUCUAUGGGAGUUCGUGAAUUGGCAUAAUCCGCUAUAUUGUAAUCAGCAGCAGAUCAUGACUAAAUGGGCCGCGCGGUUUGCUCUCAUGUUAUCUACGACCUCUCCAGGUGUUUCCAUUGAACCCGAGAACAUUCAUUUCAUCCCGGACGAAGAACCAGGGAAGCCACAAAGUCACCACGUGCUGACAGAUGGUGCUGGCUAUCUGAACGGCUCUGCCAUGUUGCAAAUCUGCAACCGAUUAAAAUGGGGCAAAGUUCAGGCAGCUGUCCAAGCGCGAUUCGGUGGAGCAAAAGGCAUGUUUCUGUUGCAUCCCGACUUGGACUUCGAAGGUCCUCCUACAAUAUGGCUACGCCCUUCUCAAGUGAAACUCAAGUACGCCGAAGACCCGGAAGAAUGGGAUCCGGCAAUGCGCAUUCUCGACGUGGUCAAGCCACCAUAUCUACGGUCCCCAGCUCGACUAUCCAUGGAAACUAUUGUAGCGCUUGCAGACAGACAGGUAUCUCGUUCCGUAAUUCUGUCGUACUUGAGGGACGGCCUGUUGGAACAAAUUCAGUCUCUGUUCGAUUUUCAAAAUGCGUCGCCGUUGCAACAAUGGCUUGAGCUCUCAAGAGAAGGUGCAGUUAUCUCUGCUCGACUCAAGCGCUCUGCUCUGGGUACUGCAAGAUCCAAGGGUCUCACUCGAGAGGAGGAUGAAAACGAGCUACGCACGGAUGAUGACCUGAUUGAAGAUCAAGGAGAGCAGCGUUCAUCGGCCUGGUGGCCAGAUGAGAUCAGCGGGUGCCCCAGUACGCUCGAAGAGAGCGCCUUGUUCGCACUAGACUCUGGCUUCACCCUUGAAACAUGUUCUUACUUACGCCGAAAAGUGGGAAAGAUCCUGGAGCAGAUCCUGACAAGUCACAUCUCAAAAUUCAAACUCGUCGUCCCUCCUUCCGCCGAAGGGUUCGCAAUUCCAAGCCCUAUACCUAGUGCAUUAAAGCCCGGCGAGAUCUUCUUGCGCAUGUCCCGUGAACGAGUGGACAGUCGGACGGGUAUGGCAACAGAUGUCGUGGUCGGCGACGUCCUUAUUGUUCGCCAUCCAUGCAAACUUCCUUCUGAUAUCCAGCUCGUCAAAGCCGUAGACUGUCCCGAGCUCCGCCAUUGGAAAGACGUGAUCAUCACGAGUGUCGACCGAAGUCAGCCCCGUUCUCUGCUAUCCAAGUUAGCAGGCGGGGACUAUGACGGAGAUACGGUCGUGAUCUACUGGGACAAAGACCUGAUUGCGGGGUUCAAGCCAGCUUCUGACGAGUGUCUGGACCCCCCCGACCGGGUUAAGGACUGCUUCGAGUACUCGAUGGGCAGUGUAGAGGAUUUCCUCAAGACGAGCGGUACACUCCCCGAAGCGGAAAAGAUGCUCGAGAUCCAAAAACGCCUCCUGUGGUCGUUCACCCUCCCCAGUCCGGGAAAAUGGUCCAUGUAUCACGACACUCUAGCGUACCUAGAAGGCCUCGACGACGCACGCUCGAUAUUCAUGGCACAUGUAUGUGCCGCCUUCUCCGCGGGACGAUCAUUAACCGGACAUUACAGGUUCACCACCGCGCUAGACGGGGCCAAGUCUGGGCUGCAAGUCAAGCCCGCCGUGGAAAGGGCUUUUCAGCAAGCGUUGGGAAGGCUGUACCCUCCGAACUGGAAGAUGAGGGAGGAGAGGCAGAAGCCCUUCAAGCCUGUGAAGGGGAGGGAGCAGCCGGUGCUCAAACCGGGGUUUAUAAUGGAACAGCUGGUUGAGGAAGGCAGUAAACUCGAAAAAGAGCACCUGGCCGCGUUCAGGGCCAGGUGUGAGAAGGUCAUCGUACCACCGGACGGCGAUCCAGAUCUUAUAGAGCCAUACAACAGCCUCCUACGACUAGGCCACGAGCUGGGCGCAGACGUCCAUCUCAAGAUCGAGAAGGAGAGAGGGACGAACUUCCCGUUUGAUAUGGCUAUGCGGGAAUUGGGGAGGCUUAAGGCUGACCCGCGAGGCGGGGGAGGGGGAGGGGGGUGGAAGAUGGUCAAGCAGGAGUUUUAUGUGUGCUGA